AUGCUCGACUGGCAAGAUUUCGAUGCUGUGUUUCAGCCGAAACCAGACUAUGCGUUCGACCAGAAGUCGGUUGAGAGCAUACUCAAACAUCGCAAGGAGUUUGGCGACCAAUUGUUCUUUGACCGUAUCUGGAAGUCGAUAGGCUUGACACGCCCCGCCAGGAGCAAUUACCCGCCCAGAUCGAACCAAGACUUGCGCAACCUCUGGUCCAAGAUAGUUCAGGCACCUGUAAAGGAGGAACAUAGACUCGCCCUCCUCUACUACAUCCUCCGAGAUUGUCGCCAAUUACCAAAUGCAGACACCAACUUUGCACGAAGAACAUACCUCCCUCAAAAGUACCAGCUGCUGGUCGCCGGCUUGUGGGAACUUGAUCACGCUCAAUUCUCCCGAGCGCUGGAAUUCCUUACUGACCCGUCAUUAACGCCCACCUUUCCCGACGAGAUCCUCCUCGCGUUGCUCCGGCAUUCCAAAUGCGAUUCCUCUCUGGCCACCGCAUACUAUGUUGCUGUAUCUCCACCUCUGAAAGAUCAAGAAACACUCGAGGCAUACUUCGAGUUGCUCCUGGCAAACAAUCUAGUCGAAGCGUACUAUUUUGCCCAGAAACAAGACGAUCUACAGCGCAGAGCUCUCUUCGAACAAUUGAUCGUCACAGUACAUGGGCAGAAGGCGGGUCGUGAUCGUGCCGAACAAGCAGCCGUGUUGAUCGGGUUGCCCUUCACCGCCGAAGAGGAGAAUUGGUUCGAGGGGUGCCUGCUGCAUGGUGCCGCCUCGAAAUAUCCGGGUGCAAAAGAUUCGGUCAUGGCACGAAGAAUUGCGACAGGGAAAUCAACAACGGGUAUUAGUGCUCUGAACAGGCUGAAAGGGGAAGACAUUGGAGGAUUAAGCUGGGACUACGUGAAGACAGCCAUUGCGGAUGCGGUUCCGAAGUGA